AUGGCAGAGACAGGACACAUCCUCAGUCAUGCCCCUCUUCACUUGGAUGUGUGGUGUGGAGCCCUGUCCUGGCCUGCAUGUGGCCCUUCCCCGGGUGGCGGUGCCCCCUGGCACCUUCGGAAUGUCCUCAGUGAUUCGGUGGAGAGUUCAGAUGAUGAAUUCUUUGAUGCUAGAGAGGAGGUGGCUGAAGGUAAGAGUGCCAUCCUUAUUGGAAUGAGCCAGUGGAGUUCCAAUGACCUGGUGGAGCAGAUUGAGACCAUGGGGAAGCUGGAAGAGCAUCAAGGAGAAGGGGCCACAGCGUGCACAUCCAGCAUCUUGCAGGAGAAGCAGCGAGAACUGUAUCGGGUGUCCCUAAGAAGACAAAGGUUCCCAGCUCAAGGAAGCAUUGAGAUCCACGAAGAUGGCGAGGAAGGCUGCUCACAGCGUUCCUGCAAGACGCAUGUCCUCCUGCUGGUGCUGCACGGGGGCAACAUCCUAGACACCGGUUCUGGUGACCCUUCCUGCAAGGCGGCCGACAUUCACACCUUCAGUUCUGUGCUGGAGAAGGUCACGCGUGCCCACUUCCCUGCUGCCCUGGGUCACAUCCUCAUCAAAUUUGUCCCGUGUCCUGCCAUCUGCUCAGAGGCUUUCUCACUUGUCUCUAACCUGAACCCCUAUAGCCACGACGAGGGCUGUCUCAGCGCCAGCCAGGACCACGUUCCCCUGGCUGCCCUUCCCCUGCUGGCCAUCUCCUCUCCACAGUACCAGAAUGCUGUUGCCACUGUCAUUGAGCGAGCCAACCACAUCUAUGGAGAGUUUCUCAAGUCCUCUGAUGGGAUUGGCUUCAGUGGGCAGGUGUGUCUCAUCGGGGACUGUGUGGGCGGCCUCCUGGCUUUCGAUGCCAUCUGCUACAGUGCGGGGCCCUCAGGGGACAGUCCUGGCAGCAGCAGCCGGAAGGGGAGCAUCAGCAGUACCCAGGACACCCCUGUGGUGGAGGAGGACUGUGAUCUGGCCAGCAGCAAGCGUCUCAGCAAGAGUAACAUCGAUGUAUCCAGUGGAGUGGAGGAUGAGGAGCCCAAAAGGCCAUUGCCACGGAAACAGAGCGACUCCUCCACCUAUGACUGUGAGGCCAUCACCCAGCAUCACGCUUUCCUCUCAAGCAUCCACUCCAGUGUGCUGAAGGAUGAGGCCGAGGUUCCUGCAGCUGGCACGCCCCAGCUCUCUGAGGUCAGCCUGGGUCGCUUUGACUUUGACGUGUCUGACUUCUUCCUCUUUGGCUCACCCCUGGGCUUGGUCCUGGCCAUGCGGAGGACAGUGCUGCCUGGGAUAGAUGGUUUCCAGAUGCGGCCUGCGUGUAGCCAGGUCUACAGCUUCUUCCACUGUGCGGAUCCCUCUGCCUCACGGCUUGAGCCACUGCUGGAGCCCAAGUUCCACCUGGUGCCUCCCGUCAGCGUGCCUCGCUACCAGAGGUUCCCCCUGGGUGACGGACAGUCUCUCCUGCUCGCUGAUGCCCUGCACACCCACAGUCCCCUAUUCCUGGAGGGCAGCUCCCGGGGAAGCCCCCCGCUUCUGGAUGCCUCUGCCUCGCCCCCUCAGGCCCCAAGAUUCCAGCGACCAGGACGGAGGCUAAGCGAAGGCAGCUCCCAUAGCGACAGUUCAGAGUCCUCGGACAGCCUGGCACCUAUGGGAGCCUCCCGCAUCACAGCCAAGUGGUGGGGAACCAAGAGGAUUGACUAUGCCCUGUACUGCCCUGAUGUCCUCACCGCCUUCCCCACUGUGGCCCUACCCCACCUCUUCCACGCCAGCUACUGGGAGUCUACCGAUGUGGUUGCCUUCAUCCUAAGACAGGUGAUGCGUUAUGAGAGUGCAAGUGUGAAGGAGAGCACUGGCCUGGACCCCACGGCUCUGAGCCCCACUAACCCCCGGGAGAAGUGGCUGCGCAAGCGGACCCAGGUCAAGUUGCGGAAUGUCACUGCGAACCACCGUGCCAAUGAUGUAAUUGCUGCUGAAGAUGGCCCCCAGGUCCUGGUGGGGCGCUUCAUGUAUGGUCCUCUUGACAUGGUGGCUCUGACUGGAGAGAAGGUGGACAUCCUAGUGAUGACAGAGCCAUCAUCAGGCCGCUGGGUCCACCUGGACACAGAGAUCACCAACAACAGUGGCAGGAUCACAUACAAUGUGCCGCGGCCCCGGCGCCUGGGGGUUGGUGUCUACCCUGUAAAGAUGGUGGUCAGGGGUGACCAGACCUGUGCCAUGAGCUACCUCACAGUGCUGCCCCGAGGCAUGGAGUGUGUUGUGUUCAGUAUUGAUGGAUCCUUUGCGGCCAGCGUGUCUAUCAUGGGAAGCGACCCUAAGGUCCGGCCAGGUGCAGUGGAUGUUGUUCGGCACUGGCAGGACCUGGGCUACAUGAUCCUUUACAUCACGGGGCGGCCGGACAUGCAGAAGCAGCGGGUAGUGUCGUGGCUGUCCCAGCACAACUUCCCACAGGGCAUGAUCUUCUUCUCGGAUGGAUUGGUGCACGACCCGCUGAGGCAGAAGGCCAUCUUCCUUCGCAACCUCAUGCAGGAGUGCUUCAUCAAAAUCACUGCAGCCUACGGCUCCACGAAAGAUAUCUCGGUCUACAGUGUGCUGGGCCUCCCUGCAUCCCAGAUCUUCAUUGUGGGCCGGCCCACCAAGAAGUACCAAACGCAGUGCCAGUUCCUGAGUGAAGGCUAUGCCGCACACCUGGCGGCACUGGAGGCCAGCCACCGCUCGCGCCCCAAGAAGAACAACUCGCGGAUGAUCCUGCGCAAGGGCAGCUUCGGGUUGCACGCGCAGCCGGAGUUUCUGCGCAAGCGCAACCACCUGCGCAGGACCAUGUCAGUGCAGCAGCCGGACCCACCCGCCCCCAACCCCAAGCCCGAGCGGGCACAGAGCCAGCCCGAGUCAGACAAGGACCAUGAGCGGCCGCUGCCUGCGCUCAGUUGGGCGCGUGGGCCCCCCAAGUUCGAGUCGGUGCCCUGA